UUUGAAUGCAUUGCCACCGAGUGGAGGAGCGACUUGGCUCACUACUACAACAAGAAGUCAAUCAUGACGAGCAGAGACAUCCAGACGGGUGAACUGGCGAAGCACGCGGUGUCGGCGGAGGGCACCAGGGCUGUGAACAACUUCACUGACUCCAAGUAG